CAGUUGGUUUGGCGGGUUCCUCUCGCUGCUCCGCUCUGGUUUUUCUUCGGCCUCCACCAUCACCACCACCACCAUCACAACCACCACUCGCUUUCCCCGUCACUUUACCUGCUCUUUCAAACCGCGCCUCGGCCUCGCCUACCCCUCCUCCACUUCGCCUUCGAACGCCGUCAAAAUAUUCGCCGGCGAAGAUUUUCCCCUCAGGAGACCCCCCCCUCACCCGCCCUGCCCGCCCGCCCGCCCCGCUCUGCCCUGCUCUGCGUGCUCCAUUGACGUCGCGGUCACUUUCUUUAUUAAUUGCCGUGGUUUCUUUUUGUUCCUCAUCGUCAUUCGCGUGGUCGACGACGAUUUUCGUUGGUUUGCGAUGGCCGUCAACGUUCACGCCACGUCUGUGACGACAGAAAACCUCUCCCGGCACGACAUCAUCAACUGGAUCAACGAAACACUGCAGCUGCAAUACAGCAAGAUCGAACAGCUCUGCUCUGGUGUGGCAUACUGCCAGUUCAUGGACAUGCUGUUCCCCGGCUGCAUCUUGCUCAAGAAGGCCAAGUUCCAGGCCAAGCAUGAGCACGAAUAUCUGCACAACUUCAAGCUGUUACAAGUCGCCUUCAAGAAGAUGGGCGUGGACAAGGUGAUACCGGUGGACAAGCUGGUGAAGAGCAAGUUCCAGGACAACUUUGAGUUCGUGCAGUGGUUCAAGAAGUUCUUCGACGCCAACUACGACGGCAAGGAGUACGACCCGAUGGGAGCGAGGCACGGCAUGCAGGGCCCCGUGGCGUCUGGCAGCGUCGAGCAGCUGGCGCCGAAGACGCGCAAGCCGGUCUGCCCAACCGCCCCGCGCAUAGUGCCGGUCCAGCGCAUGGGGGCAGCCUCCCCAGCGACCCAAGCCAGCGCAGGGCCCCGGAGGCUGCCAGCCGGGGGGGCGGCGGCGGCGGCGGCGGCGGCGUCACGCAACGGGUGCGGGGAGGACCCUGCGGUGGCCGAGCUCGGCCAACAGCUUACAGACUUGAAGUCCACAGUGGAGACGCUGGAGAAGGAGCGGGACUUCUACUUUGGAAAACUGCGCGAGAUCGAGGUUCUGUGUCAGAGCACCGAUGACAAGAUGCCCGUCAUCCGAAGCAUCUGCGACAUCCUCUACGCCACGGAGGAUGGAUUCCAGGUGCCGGAAGACGAGGUGGAGGGAGAGCAAGAGUCGUACUAAACACUGCUGCACAUGCCCACGGCGCCAGCCCACGGCGCCAGCCACACCGCAACCACGCGUCGCGACCGAGUGGUGCCACACGCACCGCAUGGGAACACGCGGGUCGCCACGCACGCACCACACGCACCACGCCGAGCCAAACCUAUCGCACGCCACACGCGCACACGCACCGUACAAACGCGCACGUCACGGCGCGCAAAACCAAACGUGCCGCGCGUCACAGACAUGCGCGCGAUGCCACAUCGCGCGCUCUCUCAGCCUCUUGACCUCAGGCUUUUUAUUCGAUGACUCUUUCUCUUCCCCCCAAUGUCACCUGACCCCCCCCUCCCCACCACCCGUCCGUGUCUUAUAUCAACACUUUCUUGUCUUCUCGCCCGAGCCGCUCGCUUGCCCCGUCUGCCCACGUGCGCCCCUUGGACUUGCCCCGUCUCGCGCCGGAUGUUCACACCUUACCCCCCCGUCUCCCGUUUGGGCAAGUCGCCUGUCGUCCGAGCCUAUCCACGAGCUGUGGGCUGCCCCGGUUCACACCCGACCCCCAUCUCUCACACCCCUGCCCCCUCUCGCUGUGGUCCGCACCUGGUGGUCGUGUUUUCCCGUCGUACCCCACACCCCCCCCACACACCCCACCGUGCCUACGCACCGUUGCUCCGCGUCUCGUCGAUGCGCUGUCGUCUUGUUUUUGUAUCCUGGUCUCACGUCUGGAGAAGUUACGGUUGUUGUGGGGGGUGGGUGGGAGGGAGGACGGUGGGGGGGGGGGCCAUAGCCAUGUCGUUUUAUUUGGGGCGGUGUGGCUGUUAGUUGACUGUAACGAUGGAAUUAAAUCUCACUUUGCUUUUGCGUCCAUUAGCGAGCUGCAACCGUUGCAUGGUGGGGGGUGGGGGGUGGGGGGCGGGGGGCGGUCGUCUUGCGACGAUGUCUGCGCUUUUUUUCUUCUUCUUGGUUCUUUCGGUAAAGUCACGUAGAAGGGGAGUAAUAAAAUAAUAAAAAUAAAACACAAUAAAAUCAUUCUCACGACGUUUCGGCCACAAUGCAAGCAGCCGUCUUCCGGUGAAAACCAGGUCUGUCGAGGCGACAGAGUCCGACUUCUACGUGACUUUACCGAAAGAACCAAGAAGAUGAAUCCCUGCAGUCACGAAAGCUUUAAAUCGAAAGAUGCCUGCGCUGUUCACCAACUCGGGUUUUCUCAGAAUCGACCCCAAGUGGAGGGGGGAUCGUGGAAAGCGCACAAACGACGGCGGAUUUCAACCCAGUGGCCCUCCGCUGUCCAACCACCACGCGGCCCCCCUCGGCCCUGCGAGCCCCGUCACGCCCGUCGUGCCGUCGUUGGGUCACCAGCCCGUGUCCAAUCGGCGCGCACGCUCGAUCCCCACCCGCCUCCCGUCGCCGCGCCCAAGUCGCCCGCAACGCGCCCCGUCUCGUUGGCUCCACGGGCGGCCUCGGCACAAUCGUCGCCAGAACCUCCCCCCCCACGCCGCGGCGGGAGCGGCCGCUUGCGCGUCAGCAUCGUACCACCCCCCCCCGGGGGGGUUCGCUCUCGUCUCUGCAAGCGGAUGCGGGCAGCUGUCUGCUCGCUCGCUCGUCACAAGUGACGCGGCUCUUUCAAGCGGCCGGGGCGAUUCUAUUUGUUGCUUAAGCGGCCUGACAGCGUUUCGUCGCGCGACGCGUUUUGUUUUUGUGAACUGUGGUCGUUCUAAUCGUGACGCGGGGGUGGUGAGCGGGGUUUGGUUUAGGGGUGAAGCUAACCGGGUGAGGGAGUAGCCGGACGCGGCCACGCUCCCCUCGCCGCUCCCCUCGCCGCUCACCCGCUCGCUCGGACGCGGGCAAAGCGUUCGCGGGGGCAGAGCGGGGUGGGCGAUGGCGACGCCGACGCCGCGCGGCGAUUUUUGAGAGUAGCCGGUCGCGGUGGCGCAGCUGACACACUGCAGGGCGUGGACCCGCAGCGGUGGGCGGGGGGGGGGCGCAGCUCACGUUGAGGGUGACGUGUUCGAUCCGGGGGUGGCGGGCAGGGCAAAGGUGCGCAGACGAGUGCCUGCCGUCGCCGCACGCGUCACUCGUGUUGUGACGGAGACGUCGACUGGUCGAGUCAUUAGUUUGCUCUCCACGGUGCCACUUAUAAAGCAGUGCAGCAAGUAGUUCUCAUCCAAAUGAUAAUUUACAAUUUUUCAGUUUGCUUCCUGGAUAAAGGCCGCCUCCGCUUGCCUUGGCGGCGGGGGGGGGGGUCACUUGGCAAUACUUCACCCGCACCUGGUCAGACAAUGUUGGCGAAAGGCUAGAGUGCCUCGCGAUCUGAGCGCUGCACUACGAACCCGGCGAAGGGCUAGAGUGCCUCGCGAUCUGAGCGCUGCACUACGAACCCGGCGAAGGGCUAGAGUGCCUCGCGAUCUGAGCGCUGCACUACGAACGCGGCGACCCGGGUGAAAUUUCCGCCCACGGCUACCUCUCUGGCCCAGCCCUGGGCCUCCCCUAGGUAGACUCGGCAUCAGAACGAGGAGCCGGUGUGCGGUGUGUAAACAUCGCCGCUGGAGACGACGUCUGCCGUGCCUGGUGUUUGGCCGCCCCUGCCACCUCCUCGUGCGCCACGGCCUUCAUCGGCGCUCGCUAACGGCACUUGCCCCAACAGUCAGUUCAAGGCUGUACGGGGGAAUCUUUGUCUUUGUGUUGGAACCUCGCGACCAAUUUCCGAUGCCGCUCGCCACCGAUGUUAGCCGCGCCCGGUAAUCUUUGCCGAGGGUCUCUGGGUUCGCCAAUCGCCGCGAGACGCCGCUAUGCAACUGAACAAAAUCAACUCGUCGCCACCGACCGCGGUCUAUCCACUGCGGGACCAGGGCCUCGUCCCCAAGGCCGCUGGCAACUGCAGCGUCAUCGCCCCAGGACCCGCACGCACGCAUUUGGCAUUUUUUUCUCACCGCGAAGGCGGCGCUCCGUUUCACAGGCGUAGUCUGUAAUUGUCUUGCGAGUGGCGGGCGGGCAGGCGGGGUUGCCAUGAAGACGCGGAACACACACAACGGCCUUCGCAAGAACUAAUUGUUGAAGUCGGUGGCACGGUCACUCCCCCGCCGCCCCCCCCCCCCCGCCCGUGUGACCGAUGAGGCUCGGUUGGUACUGCCCCGUGAACGCGCCGUGACGUCGCGAUGGAGACCCUCAACCCUCCUCCGCAGGGUAACUUUGAAGUGAUUUACAACAAAACUCAAAUGUCCGUCGUGAACGGAAGCUUUCCCCGACGCUUUGUCGGGACAGCGUGGGGUGGGAGAGGUGGGGGGGGGGUGGUGGUGAUGUCUGCCUGGGUCGCUACGCGGCCGCCCCCCACACCCCCCCCCCACACCCCCCUCCGCGCUGCUGUGCAAGCGAGCGGCUCGUAGAAUCCCCCGGGAUGUUGUGAGGCUUUGAUUUAAAGAUCUCGCGUGACCUUCGGCGGGGUGGCGGGGUGGGUGGGUCGCUGCGGUUAGACGCUCGUGCCGAUAGCACGAGCCAAAAAAAGUAUCUAAAGAACACCAAGUGAGGUGACGUUUCGGGCAACGGCCCUUCUUCAUGGAAUGAAAGGAGAGAAGCAUUCGCUCGAAUCGAUGCCUCCCGUUGUAAUUUGUUUUCUUUGUUUCGAGUCGCAGCGAUAUCGGGGAGGAGGAGUGAGCGCUUCGAAAAGUCUUGGUCACGUGUGCCCUGUGCAACCAGCGCUUGCCCCAACGCUGCAGCAGCAGCAGCAGCAUCCCAAAGCGACGAGUUGAGUGGUUGAGAUCGGUGCUUCCAGUACGCCCAUUGCCACCAGGCUGGUGAUGGUGAUGAUGACGGUGGCGAUGAAGGCCACCCUCCAAUAAGUAUAACCCGUAAAAACAAAGUUUUUCACAAAAAAUCCUUUAUAUGCGUGGCAUCGGGGCGGCUCAAGUCCUCUCGUCCUCUGGCUUGAGAUGGCUGCCACCUAUGGGUCAGAUGAUUGUGUGCCAGCAUUAACCAAUUGGUAAGUAAAUAUAAAACAAAUUCCCUAAACUGUAAAAUUUUGGAGAAAAAAAUUUCACGAAAAUAAAUUGUCACGCACAACGAGUCUGUGUGCAAAAUGUCAGCUCGAUUGGAUCACGGGAAGUGGGUUAAAAAACGACCGAAAGAUUUGCACGGUCCUAAGCAAGCAAGCAAGUGAACUUAAUAUAAAGGAUUUAAAAAGUAUAACCCGUAAAAACAAAGUUUUUCACUCAAUCCUUUAUAUGCGUGGCGGCUAGAGUCAUCUCGUCCUCUGGCUUGAGAUGGCUGCCACCUAUGGGUCAGAUGAUUAUCUGCCAGUAUUAAGCAAUUGGUAAUUAAAUAUUUAAUUUGUUUUCCCGAAAAAGUGUAAAAUUUUGGAAAACAUUUUUCACGAACAAUAAUUGUCUCGCACAACGAGUCUGUGUGCAAAAUGUCAGCUCGAUUGGAUCACGGGAAGUGGGUUAAAAAACGACCGAAAGAUUUGCACGGUCGCAAGCAAGCACGCAAGCACGCAAGCAAGCAAGCGAACUUAAUAUAAAGGAUUUAAAAAUGGGUCAAGAAGCACAUGUGGUUCCCCCUCCUGUCAGAAAUAAAGCACGUGGGUUUUUCGUUUGUCUUGUACGUA